CUUAGCCUACCACGGACUGACCUGAGCCGCGCAUGCGUCUGAGCAAAACCCUCGUGCAUGCACCACCAAGGAGGAUCCGGUAAUUAAAAAGCAGCGAAGAUGCGGAAAAGUGUGAAGAGAAUAGCUGGGAGCUAGCGGAGUCGGUGUAAGCUGCAGGCAGCGGACGUUGUUGCUGUUUGAACCCCUGAAUUGAUGCCGUGUGUUGCUGUUGUUUAGCCGGCUGAGACUUCAGAGAGGCUGCACAAACUCUUGGAGCUGUCCAAGUUCAUGCUUAUAAGAAGAGGAAGUCAACAUGCCACCAAAACAACUCGGUAGAUCAGAGCGAAGGGAACUGUACAUGUCACUGGCAGGCGAGCUGGUGAUCAUGGCCGGGACCGUCAUGCUGGCCUACUACUUCGAGUACACCGACACCUUCAGCGUGCACGUGCAGGGCUUCUUCUGCUACGACACCACGUACACCAAGCCCUACCUGGGGCCGGAGGACAGCAGCGCCGUCCCGCCCGUCCUGCUGUACGCCCUGGUGGCCGGAUUGCCCACGCUGCUGAUCACAAUAACAGAGACGGUGCUGUUCCUGGUCCAGUACACGUCCAAAGAGUUCGACCGCUCAGAGAAGACGGUAGCCACCGGGGACUGCUGUUACCUCAACCCGCUGGUGCGCAGGACCUUCCGCUUCCUCGGAGUCUACACCUUUGGCCUCUUCACCGUUGACAUCUUUGUUAAUGCAGGCCAGGUAGUGACGGGGAACCUGGCCCCCUACUUCUUGACGGUCUGUAAGCCCAACUACACAGCGCUGGGCUGCCAGCAGGCCCUACGCUAUAUCAGCCACCAGGAGGCCUGCACGGGAAACCAGGAUGACAUCCUGCGCGCCCGCAAGACCUUCCCAUCCAAGGAGGCCGCACUCAGUGUCUACGCUGCACUCUACCUGGCUAUGUAUGUGACGAGCACGGUGCAGGCCAAAGGCACGCGUCUGGCCAAGCCCAUGCUGUCUCUGGGGUUCAUGUGUCUGGCCUUCCUCACCGGUCUGAACCGCGUGGCUGAAUACCGCAACCACUGGUCGGACGUCAUCGCUGGCUUCAUCAUCGGCACGGCCAUCGCCACUUUCCUGGUGGUGUGUGUAGUGCAUAACUUCAAAGGAAAGUUACUGCUGUGCGAGGAGUCACCAGCGGAGCAGCGGCCGAACACAGGCAUGUUGAACAUCGGCCGAAUGGAGAGUCCUCUGGAGAAGUACAUCGCCUCACAGAAUCACAUCGCCUUCGCUGAGGUCACAUGACGUGGAGUCGGCCGUGUGGCAGACCCAUUGGACGUCCACGCUCUUCACCGUCCAAUCCAAUUAACCGGAGUGCAGCGCUAAACCCAUUCUCUGUGUGUGUCUGGUCUGCGGUAUGUUGUUCUAUGUUGUCUUUAUCAGGCCGCUGUUGUCAUUUGCAGCUUCUUGUAUUCCAGGAAAAAAAAAAUAACUUAAGAAGAGUCAGUAACUCAGUGGGACAGGUUGCUUCUGCUUUCUCCAUCUAUGCACUUAUUCUGAACCCUUUUAAAUCUCGCCACCAAAAUGAAGCCUGUUGCGAGGCGGACAGGUUGUACACUGUGGGACACUAGAAGAACAAGAGAAGAACUGGACUGCACCAUCUCAACUCUGCCAAGGUCCAAUAUGUUCUCCGGUUUGGUUAUGUUGUGUAAAACAGCGUUGUUCCAAUCAGAUGGCUGUAAGUCGUUAAGUUGAGUGAGAGUGUCCAAACAGAGAAAGAUGAAGAACCCUCUCUUGUUAUGUAGCUAAAGUUUUGUUUUUGCUGUCAUCACAUCAUCUUUAUAACAUUCAGAGGGCUGCUGUGAAUAUCUGAAUAUGACAUUGACUGCUGGGCCCAUAUUUAUCAAACCAAAUGUGACAUUUUGACUUAAAGGAGCAGUGCGUUUACCUUGCAUGGCAGCUGGAUUCUCGCGAGAGUUGCGAUUUAUUUGGGCAAUUUUUAUGCAUUUGUUAGAUAUUUUGACAGUUGAGACAUGACAGGAAAUGUGGAGAGAGAGAUGGGGAAGGACAUGCGACAGGACAUGGUUCCUGUCCAGACUCCUGUUUUAUUGUAGUUAGAUUGAUUUGCUACUGGUUUGAUGUCUUGUCUUACCUUGCACAGCAGCUGAAUUCUCAUGAUAUCACAAGAUCAUGCGAGAAGCUACUGACAGCUACAGCGUGGUUUAUGUGUGUUUGACGGCCGCGACUGUUUGUUCAAAACAACAAUGGCGGACUUGACGGACAGAUGGUUCAUCCAAUCACCUGCCAGGUAUUUUUUGAAAGUGCCUGCCCUUUUCCAAUGACGGCUUCUCACAUGGUUCUGUGUUAAAAAGAACAAACAUCUGGCUCGUCAGGUUACAUGACACCUGCCAGCUUCUGUAGAUUUUCACAAGUCUUGCAAUAAAAAGCACUAAAGGUAAAGAAAAACUACAAUGGAUGGCAGGUUGGCAGAGUGUAGGAUUCAGGGGGGUAUUGGCAGAAAUGGAAUAUAAUCAUAUUUAUGUUUUCAUCAGUGUAAAAUCACCUGAAACUAAGAAUUGUUGUGUUUAUGUUUAGCUUAGAAUAUAAUUAAUUUCUACAUAGGGAGCAGGUCCUCUUCCAUGGAGCCUGCCAUGUUUCUACAGUAGCCCAGAACGGACAAACCAAAAACUGGCUCUAAAAAGGGCCUUUUGCUUUUUUACGUUACCUGAAGGCCACCAUGGGUUCUCUGCAUGCUCGCAAAGGAACGGAUGAGGGGAAUGGUAUUCAGUUGCAAUCUGCGACCUCACCACUAGAUGCCACUAAAUCCUACACACUGCUCCUUUAAAUGAAAGAUAAAACUCAAAAAAAGUAUUUUGACUUAAAAUAUUCUCUCACCACCCAAGCCGUUUCUUUAAUGCUUUUUCAGAUUUUGAGUAAAACGUUGACAUGUUUUUUUGUCUGUUUUCUUCUUUUUUUUUUUACAUUUUUGAACCAGCCUUUAGACAGCAGUUCGGAGGCAGGAGGGCAGCUUGCGUGACACUCAGGUCUACAUAAGAUUUGAGAUUUGGGAGAUGGGAGAGUGUAUGUUGGCUCCUCUGCAUCCUGUGGUUACCCAUGAAACACAAAUCUGCAUAGACCUGCAGACAUUUACAGUACCUGUAUCUUUGGGAAACCAGAAGCCUCACUCCCUCUGUCUCUUUGGAAAUUCUAAUCAUGAUGUGUUAAACUCAUUUAGUAGUCUAAAUGUUUGAGGACAGACCCAUGUCAGUAGAAACUGCUGUUUUGGGAGGAGCUGAUGAGCUGGCUUUAUAAAGACGGGUUGUGGAGUUUUGAAAGACUCAGGCGUUUACCAGGCAGCGAGGGUCUCUUGCAACUCUGGAAGUGCACUACUUAAUCAAUUGUGUAUGGCUUAAAGUAUGAUUCUUGGAUUAUGUUUGAUAAAUAUGGGCUCAGGUAAAAGUAGCAAAUUAGGAAACCUGCAAAACGUUAUGUCUUUAUAUUCAUAUGUCCUUUACUGCUCCUGACAUCUCUAUGAGAAAGGGUGUGUGUACAAGAGUGUAUAGGUGUGUGUACAGUACACAGUAUAUACAGUAGGGUCCAACCAAUGAAAACACUAUACAAUCGUUAUUUUAACGAAACCCUCAAGGGUUAGUUAGCCGCACCAGACAAUCACCACUUCCCUCUCUCUUUCGUUUUUAUCCCCCUUUUUGUGGUUAAUAAUAGGAACGAGGUGUGUGGUAGCAGGUGUAAUAAUCCAACACUGUACAUGAGGAAUGGCCACAGUAAGAAGAAUGCAACCAGUUUGCUUUCUUUUAUUCUUUUGAAAGCUACAAAAAAACACAAAGGUCAGCCUGACUCACAGGCCAAAACUGAGAUUUCUAUCGUAUGAAUUUAUUAGUCUUCUCCAUAUCACUUCUGAUGUGUUCUGAUAUGUCAAAUCAGGUUCCAGUGAUGAAAGAAAAUCUACAGUUGAGAUGUUUGCUCCUCUUUUCUCUGAAAAAGUAUUUAUUCAUGGCCUGUGACUCCAGUUUCAAACAAAAAUGGAGCCAUGCUGGGCUGGCGUCCCACUGGGAACUGUAGUUCCAUCUCACAGCCAAUCAGGACAUGAACAGCUUUGAUCUUCAGCUGGGCUACAACUUUUCUUUUUGUUUGCACAAUUGUUUUUUCUCUGUCAUGUAGCUCAGUGUAACAUUGAACACAAAAGAAUAACUUUACUGCAA